AAGAGAUGUGAGCGCUAUGUGAGUUCAUUUUAGUGACUGACAUCCAGAGAACAAUAUGCUUGGUUCCCCAGCGUGCUUCGUCUUCAUCUUUCUCCUCUGCCAGCUCACAGGGUCAGCAGCCUCUGGAACCCUUAAGGAGCUGGUUGGUGCCCUUGGUGGGACUGUGACUUUCCCUCUGAAGCACUCAGUAAAUCAGAUUGACAGCAUUAUCUGGAUAUUCAACACAACCACUCUCGUCACCAUACAGCCGAAUACGACAGGCAGACAAGCCAAUGUCAUAGUGACCCAAAAUCGUAAUAGGGAAAGGGUGGACUUCCUGCAUGGAAACUACUCCCUGACGCUCAGCAAACUGAAGAAGAAUGACUCAGGUGCCUACCGUGUGGAGAUACACAGCUCAUCCCUCCAGGAUCCCUUCAUCCAGGAGUAUGGGCUGCAUGUCUACGAGCACCUAUCAAAGCCCAAGGUCACCAUGGGUCUGCAGAACAUUAAGAAUGGCACCUGUGUGACCAAUCUGACGUGUUCUGUGGAAGAGGGAGGAGAGGAUGUGACUUACAGCUGGAAGUCCCUGGGGCAGGCAACCAAUGAGUCUCAUUAUGGUUCCAUCCUCCCCAUAUCCUGGAGGCUGGGGAAAAAGGACAUGACCUUCAUCUGUGAGGCCAGGAACCCCAUCAGCAGCAACUCUUCAAACCCUGUCUCUGCCCAAAAGCUCUGUGAAGGUGCUCUUAGAGACCCACUUGCCUCCAUUUUCCUGAAGCUCCUGGUGGUGGUCUUCCUGCUCAGUGCCGUUGCACUUGUGCCAGUUAUUUUGAUAAUGCGGAGAGAAAGAGGAAAAGUUUCAGAGUUCGUUGAAGAGAAGAAUAGAAUGGACACUCAUCAAGAAACUUUUAACCACAACCCCCCUUCUGGAGAGACCUCAGAGUAUGCCACAACUUCUCACCGUAAUAAAACUACUCCGGAGGAAAAUCCAGCGAAUACGCUUUAUUUCACUGUGCAAAUACCCCCAAAGAUGGAGAAACAUCACUCUCUGCCCAGGUCACCAGACUCACCAAACCUAUCUACCUAUGAGAAUGCCACCUAAACAGCAGUGUACUCCCUCCUGUCUUGCCCCAAAGAAAACAGUCAAAAGAAUUUACUGACUUGACCAGAAAUACCAAGGAAGAAUGAAGAACACUGACUUCCUUCCAGAAUGAACUAUCCCGUAUGCUCUUUCA